AGGGACAGGACUGGGACAGCUGGCGGUGACCACUUGGAGAUGGAGUUUAUGGGGAUGUUGUGGCUCGGCCUGGCGCUGGCGCUGGGGUCCCCGGUGCUCGGCCACCCGCAGCCCUGUGGGGUCCCCACGAGUGCCGGGGUCCCGGUGCGCCUGGCUGUUCUGCUGCCGCGCGCGCCUGCUGCCCGCGCCCGCGUCCUGGUCGCCCUGUCCCGUGUCCUGGUUGUGCCCCGGCCGCCUGACAACCUGAGCGUGGAACUCGUGGCCGUGGCGCCCCCCGCGCGGGACCCCGCAUCGCUGGCCAGAGGCCUGUGCCAGGCGCUAGCACUGCCCGGCGUGGUGGCCGCUCUGUCCUUCCCAGAGGCGCGGCCGGAGUUACGGCUGCUGCAGUUCCUGGCCGCCUCCACCCAGACCCCGGUGUUCAGCCUGCUGCGGAAGGAGCACGGGACCCUCGGAGCCCCGACCCCUUUGCAUCUGCAGCUGGACUGGACUAGCCCCAUGGAGACCACAAUGGAUGUUCUCGUGUCCCUGUUACGGGAACACACUUGGGAGGAACUGGCUCUAACGCUCUGCCAUGUCAGGGACCCUGGUGGCCUCGUGUCACUGUGGACUAGCAGGGCUGGCCGUGCCCCAAAGCUUGUGCUGGACCUGAGCUGGGCGCAUGGUGGACAUGAAGGCUUGCGGACUCGCCUGGCCCAGCUGGGGGAGAGCCAGGUGCCAGCAGCCAUCCUCCUGGGGUGUGAUGCUGAGCGUGCCCGCCAGGUCCUAGAGGCUGCACCCCCAGGACCCCAGUGGCUGCUGGGCACGCCACUGCCUGCAGAGGCGCUGCCCACAACUGGUCUGCCACCUGGGGUUCUGGCUCUGGGAGAGGUGGACAGACCCUCACUGGAAGCCACCAUCCAUGACAUUGUGGAGCUGGUGGCCCGGGCACUAAGCAGCAUGGCCCUCAUGCAUCCUGAAAGGACUCUGCGCCCAGCUGUGGUCAACUGUGAGGACCUGAGACUGGGGGGACCUGAGUCUUCAGGGCACAUCUUGGCUCGGUUUCUAGCCAACACCUCCUUCCAGGGCCGCACAGGGCCUGUGUGGGUGACUGGUUCCUCUCAGGUGCAUGUGUCCCGGCAUUUCAAGGUGUGGAGCCUGCGCAGGGACCCUCUGGGUGCCCCAACCUGGGUGACGGUGGGCAGCUGGCAGGAUGGACGCCUGGACUUGGAGCCGGCGACUGCUGCUGUUCGUGUCCCAUCCCCAACAGGCAGCCAGGCCCGGCUGAAGCUGCGGGUGGUCACGCUGGUAGAACACCCUUUUGUGUUCACCCGGGAAUCAGAUGAGGAUGGGCAGUGCCCAGCUGGACAGCUGUGUCUUGACCCAGGCACCAAUGACUCGGCCCGGCUAGAUGCGCUGUUCGCCUCGUUGGCCAACGACUCGGUGCCCCACGCAAUGCGAAGAUGUUGUUACGGGUACUGUAUCGACCUCCUUGAGCGCCUGGCUGAGGACCUGACCUUUGAUUUCGAAUUGUACAUUGUGGGGGAUGGCAAGUAUGGGGCACUGCGUGAUGGACGCUGGACGGGCCUUGUGGGUGACCUGCUGGCUGGCCGGGCCCACAUGGCCGUCACCAGCUUCAGCAUCAAUUCGGCACGAUCACAGGUGGUGGAGUUCACCAGCCCCUUCUUCUCCACCAGCCUGGGCAUCAUGGUGCGUGCUCAGGACACAGCAUCACCCAUUGGGGCCUUCAUGUGGCCACUGCACUGGUCCAUGUGGGUGGGUGUCUUUGCAGCCCUGCACCUCACCGCCCUCUUUCUCACCCUGUAUGAGUGGAGAAGCCCCUAUGGGCUGACACCCCGAGGCCGUAACCGGAGCACAGUCUUCUCCUACUCCUCUGCACUGAACCUCUGCUAUGCUAUCCUCUUUGGACGCACCGUGUCCAGCAAGACCCCCAAGUGUCCCACUGGACGCUUCCUCAUGAAUCUCUGGGCCAUCUUCUGCCUCCUCGUGCUGUCCAGCUACACAGCCAACCUGGCUGCGGUCAUGGUUGGGGACAAGACCUUUGAAGAGUUGUCAGGGAUCCAUGACCCUAAGCUGCACCACCCUUCCCAAGGUUUCCGCUUCGGCACAGUGUGGGAGAGUAGCGCAGAAGCAUACAUUAAAGCGAGCUUCCCAGAAAUGUAUGCACACAUGCGGCGCCACAGUGCACCCACCACACCCCACGGGGUGGCCAUGCUCACGAGUGAUCCCCCCAAGCUCAAUGCCUUCAUUAUGGACAAAUCACUACUGGAUUACGAGGUGUCCAUUGAUGCGGACUGCAAGCUGCUGACUGUGGGCAAACCCUUUGCCAUCGAGGGUUAUGGCAUCGGGCUGCCCCAAAACUCACCCCUCACCUCCAACCUGUCAGAAUUCAUCAGCCGGUACAAGUCCUCGGGCUUCAUUGACUUACUACAUGACAAGUGGUACAAGAUGGUGCCUUGCGGGAAGCGGGUGUUCGCUGUGACUGAGACGCUGCAGAUGGGGGUGUGCCACUUCUCAGGGCUGUUUGUGCUGUUGUGCCUCGGGCUGGGCAGUGCCCUGCUUAGUUCCCUGGGUGAGCAUGUCUUCUACCGCCUGGUGCUGCCGCGCAUUCGCCGGGGUGACAAGAUGCAGUACUGGCUGCACACGAGCCAGAAGAUCCACCGAGCCCUCAACACCGGGCCGCAGGAAGGGCCGCAGGAGAGGCCACAGCCCAGUGGUCCUGAGCAGCAGCCCCAGGCCGGGCUGAUUGAGGGCCCAGGGCGCUGGCGGCGGGUUCGUCGGGCUGUGGAACGGGAGCAGCGUGUGCACUUCGUGCUGGACCCGGCGGACGCUGAGGAUACGCAGCCCCAGAAGGCCCUGCCACGGCUCUGCUCCAAUGGCCGCCCAGUCGUGAGCCCUGGGUUGCGUGCAGAACUGCAGGAGCUGGAGAGGCGCAUCGAGGACGCACGCGAACGGCUGCGUGGGGCUCUGCUGCGGAGAGGGGAGCUGAGAGCCCGGUUGCGGGACAGCGCUCGGCUGCGGCCACUGCGCCUGCUGUGGCCGGAGCCCGAGGAGGACUGACCAACAGGAGGGGCACUGACCCCAGGGAGGGAGGCAC